AUGGGCGAGAACGGCACAAAUCUGCUUCAACAGAAAGUGACUGAACGAGCCCGCGAGCAGAGAGCGACACGCGACGCAGCACUGGGGAACAAAUUCCACAAACUGCCUGAUCCAUUGUCAUCCAGAAGCGGCACACUGGUACACAACCUGUCGUCAAAGGAACUGACGAAGGAGCAAGCACAGGUUUUACGGCACGAAGCCUCAUUCAACACAGCUGACGCCAAAUCUGUCAACAUGAAUGCAGCAGUGGAAUCGGUCAUUAAUCAGACGGAAGCGGCGGAGGAGACGAAGAAUCUUAUCCGUCACCAAGUUACAUCCCUCCUUAUGACUCACAAGCCGCGAGAAACACUCACAAAGGUCGAACGCCAUGCACUAAGAGAACUCAAGGCCGACAAGAACAUCGUCAUUGUGCCCGCGGACAAGGGGCGUUCCACCGUCGUACUGGACAGAACAGACUACCUUCAGAAGGCCAAAAACCUACUGGAGGAUCGCCAGUUCUAUGUCCCAUGUGAAACCAACCCCAUAAAAACGCUGACACGCGAAAUUAAUGCAACACUGUUGGCACUGGAGAACUCGGGUGCAAUAACAGCGACCGACCGACGCAUGGCGAGAGCUCAAGAAACGGCUUUGGCCCGAUAA